CCCCCCCCCUCCCAGCAGCAGCAGCAGCAGCAGCAACUCCGCAGCAGCAGCAGCAGCAGCAGCAGCAGAAGACAGCAGCAGCUACGUGUGCGUGGGCGAACUUAGCCCAGAUUCGCUGUGGACCCUCGACUCCGAGGCCCUCGUGUCUUCGCUGCUGCUGCCGCCGGGCGUGCGGCUCGAAGUGGAGUUUCCGACGGAGUUUCAUUCCUUCAUGGAAGUGGACCGCGUGCGCGUGGCUAGCAAGCCGGAGCUGCAGCGCGCGCUGCUCAAGCUAGCUGCUUUCGCGCAGCAGCUCAACAAGCCGCUGGACUUCUCGGCGAUAAACUUGGCGCAGAACGCGACGAACUUGUACUGGAACUUAAGUCGGUUUGACAAGGGGGGUUGCGUGGAAGCAGCACUUCAAGCUUUGUGUCCUUCUUGCGUUUCUGCGUUGAAGCGGCGGCGGCAGUGCAGCAGCAGCAGCAGCAGCAGCAGCAGCAGCAGCAGCAGCAGCAGCAGCGGCGAGCGCGCGGGGAAGCGGCCGCGCGCCGCGCAGCAGCUGCAGCUGCGCAGGCAGCACGAAGCCAACCGCUUCUUCGAAUUCAUGCAGGCCGAGUUUUCGAGAAGAAGUGAAAACUUGAAAAAAAGAAAAGAACAAUUAAAAGAAGUUUUGAAACAAAACAAAAAAACCCGCAUGCAAGGAGUGCCCGACGGCGACGGAGACGCACUCGUCGACGCCUUCAUCGACCGACAAACCGGACUCUUCAAGCGGGCCUUCUCGCUGGUCUCGGGCCCCCAGCGGCGUUUGCUGUACAUUUAUUGUCUUCGCCAAAACCACCACGCGAACGUCAAGCUGGCGAAGGUCCCGGGCAAGGGGCGCGCAGUGUUUGCUGCGGAUCUCAUCUCCAAAGACGACUUCGUUUUGGGUGAAACUCUCUUCAUUUUGCUUCUUUUUUCUUCCUUUUUGCACUAUUAUGAAGUCCAACUUAUUCUCCAUUUAAUGGUGUUCGUUUCAAGCUUUUAUUCGCCGUAUUUUGACCUAAAAAUCGCCUUUUUGUCUCAUGUCCGUGGCAUGGUGCGCGCAGUGUUUGCUGCGGAUCUCAUAUCCAAAGAUGAGUUUGCUUUGGGUGAAAAAUACAAAGGAGAACUUUGUUCUGAGAGAGAAGCAAGAGAAAGAGACAUUCGCUACGACAGGUCUCGCUGUUCCAAGGGGAGCUUUAUGUUUUAUUUUAAAUAUAAAGAUAGACAAAUGAGCAUCGACGCCACAGAUGAGAGACUGGAGUUUGGCCCCGCUCGCCUCAUCAACCACUCCAGGAAAAACCCUAAUCUCAAGCCCAAGAAACCCCGCAGCAGCAGCUCAGGGCUGGCAGCAGCGGCCGCGGAGGCACGACUGACUGCAGCAGCAGCCGGCGCAGCUGCUGCUGCUGCUGCUGCUGCAGCAGCAGCUGCUGCUGCUGCUGCCAUGCUGCCGCAGCAGCGCACUGGGGCUGUUCGAGUCGGAGUGUACUUGUCGCAGGCCCUUUACUUUUCAGGAGACACUCUGCGUUGUCUCUUGACUCUAGAGAAUGCAGCAGCAGCAGCAGCAGCAGCAGCAGGGCCCCCAGCAGCAGCAGCAGCAGCAGCAGCAGCAGAUUGUGAGGCUGGCUGCGAGAUUGCUGCUGUGAUUGUGCAGCUUUGUGGGGUGCUGACAUGCGCGCGGAAAGCAGCAGCAGGAAGGGACUGUCUCCUUGCUGCGCUGCAGCAGCCGCAGCAGCAGCUAUAUAGGCACCUGGCUGCUGCUUGGCUGGUCAGCAGCAGCAGCUCCAGUGCAGCAGCAGCAGCAGCUGCUGCUGCUGCUGCUGCCGCGGCAGCAACGGAAAGGGGGACCCUGCCCGACAGGCCCCCUGUUCGCCCCCCCGAAGAGCAGCAGCAGCAGCAGCAGCAGCAGCAGCAGCAGCAGGACCCUGCAGCAGCAGCGGUUUACGGAGACGGCAGCAAGUUGCUGUUUAUAUCUGAGCCCUGCGUCGUUGCCAGAGACAUCCGGCUGUCUCCCCGCAGCAGCAGCAGCAGCAGCAGCCACAGCUGCUGCUGCGGGACCAGGCCACAGCAGCAGCAGCAGCAGCAGCAGCAGCAGCAGCAGCAGCAGCAGCAGCAGCAAGGCCGGCUCUCGUUUGUUUACGAGUGUUUGCUGCCUCCCUUCUUGCCCCCCUCUCACCGCUCUGGAGUCUAUGCUUAUUUCUUAACUGUUCAUUUGCUGCGGUCUGCUGCUGCUGCUGCUGCUGCUGCUGUCCCCGCGCAUGCAGUUGGCUGCUGCCCCGUCUGGCUGGGCGGCUGCGCGCUCCCGGAGGUCCCGCUGCUGCCCACGCUGGGGCCCCCCAUUGUCCCUGCUGCUGCUGCUGCUGCUGCUGCUGCUGCUGCAGCAGCAGCAGCUGCUGCUGCAGUAGACCCGCAGCAAACGAGCGGCGCAGAGCCGCCAGACGCGCAAACGAAGGGGACCAGCAGCAGUGCAUCCCAGCAGCAGCAGCUGCAGCAGCAGCAGCAG